CUCACCAACCCAGCUGGCCACACUGCAGGCCUCAGUUUCCCCUUUUGGCCAAGGUAAAGGGAGGAUGGCUAGAAAUCAGGGGUCCUGCUCGGCCCGCCCCCGGGGGUGGGGCUGGGAGUGGUCACGUGGAGGGGCGCCGCGCCCGGGGUCUCCCGCCCAGUUGGUGUCGGGAGCCAAAGCUCGGAGUCAGCGAGGACGCCGUGAAGGCUGCAAAAACGCCACCACGCCGGGGUUGCUGAGGUCACGGUCGCCGGGGCCUGAGGGCACCUGCUCGCUGUUCCGCCCGCUCCCUGAUAGCUGUGCGGGUGGCUGGACCCGCAGCGGCGAUAGCGACGACAGCAGCAGCAGCGAGGAGUAUUGGAGCGCGGGCAGCAACAGCAGCAGCCACGCCAGUAGCGACACCAUGGAUCUGUCUUUUAUGGCCGCGCAGUUGCCCAUGAUGGGAGGAGCGUUCAUGGACUCACCCAACGAGGACUUCAGCACCGAAUACUCCCUGUUUAGCUCCCCUGCCAACAUCCACGCAACCUCCAAUGGCCACGGCCAGCCAGAGGAGUCUCCUCGCUCCUCCAACGACGCUGUUCUGUUAUGGAUUGCCAUCAUAGCAACACUGGGGAACAUAGUGGUGGUAGGGGUGGUGUAUGCCUUUACCUUCUGAAGGCACUGGGAUGCCGAAGCUGUGGGGAAGCCCUUCAUGCACUGGACUCACCCAGCAAGGUUGUCCACGUGGCUCCAUCUUGUUCCCAGCCACUGGAGAUGCACCUGUGUUCUAGACCUAGGCUGGAACAGUCUCUGGAGGGGCAGCCACCCCGCAUCUGUAAUUAUCUCCAGGCAGCUCUGAUUUAGAAUAUCCUGGGUUGUGGCUGAGCUCAUUCAGAAAGCCUUGAAGUUGGUGCUUCCAGCCCCUAAAGGCUUGAUGGGUUAAGUCCUCCCAACAGCAGGCUGGACAGUUUUUGCAUUUUCAGUCAGUCCCAGAGCACAAGACCAAGGUUGAGCAUCCUAUUAGGUUUAAAAGAGAAUGUAGAGCUGGUUUGUGAUGCUUCCCUAGCAGUAAAUUGUCACGUGUGUGUCGUGUUUCCUGCAGACUUACUGAACCCAGUGUGUGGGGGCUGGGAUAAGAACUUUCACAGGUUAUCAUUCCCACCUUUUCAUUUUAUGCUCCACCUCUUGGAAUAUUGAUGGUGAUGUUGUAGGGUAACAGAAUGCUGUGAAAUUGACUCAUAAACAGUGCUUUGUGACCAGACUCUUGGUCCCUUGCUGGACCCAAGUGCAUCAGAAAACCCAGGGACUGGGAUGAAGUUUCUGAUCUUUUCAAAACAAGCAGAGGAUGCCUUCAGAAUUUAGAUCCCCAGGCAACUAACCCUUCACUGCCCAAGCGAAGCCACCAUCUCUUCUUUGAGGAUUCAUGAAAGCUAAAAAUGAGUUAGUCAUGUCCCUUCAUCGUUGGACAGAUUUCAUGGAGAGGGACACGAUGAUCAUAUGGUUAGAUAAUGAUGGAGUCAGAGCAGCAAGGCAUUUCCUAAUCUGGCUGAGUCUUGUCUCCACCCUAGCCAAGCUCUCUAGUGAGUGUAUCCCCACCUAAGCAACUGAAGCAGAGACGGGAUCCCUGGGAGGUGUCCAACGUGGGAACUUCCCAGGUCAUCUCUGUCUGUGCUGUAAGAUGGUGUAGACAUUGCGGCCUUUCUCACAGGUCUGACUCCCCACAUCUAUCGCUGUAUCCAGCAUCCUUGCAAAUGCUUUGGCCCCAGCGGAAGCUGUUAGGACUGAGAACUGGUUUGCCCUCCAUAGCCAAGAAGUGGGAGUGUAGAGUCUGCUAAGAUGCCCAGGAUCACCCACAGGGCAGGAUGCUGGGCUGGCAGUUAGCUGGAAGUUGCUGCAUGUUUGCUCUGGCUUCCAUGUCUCCAGCAGGACCCGCCUCAUCAUACCCCAGAGUCUUUUCCUAGAGCAAGGGGAGGCCGACUGCCUCAUGAGAGAAGCCAGGUCAGGAAUGGGGGCAGGAGUGUACUGUGGUGUCUUUACGAGGCACCUCUGUCCCAGUGCUGUCUGAUUUACCACAGGGGAGUAGCAGCCGGUGGUCCAUCCCCUGCCUUGUCUCCAUGGAAACAACAGGUUGAGAAACAACGGGAUCUGUGCCUGCUGUGAUGAGAGAGGAAGGAACAGAAAAGAUAAAGACAGCUUCUAGCCUUGUAAAGUAUUGGCUUACACACACACACACACACACACACACACAGAGCUAAACCCAUGCUGAUGUCUCUCCCACUCUUAUGGGUCAGAGCCACAGAUGGUCACGAGCAUUAGAAGCCCCUUUUGCCCAUAUGAUAUCAGCUGGUCCCAUUCCGCCCUUCUUUCUCCUGCAGUUUCCUCUCUGACCUUCCUCACUACACAGAACAGCGAGGAGUAAAUGACAGGCUUCAGCCAGGGUAGCCGAAGUGAACCUUCUGGCUUGGUCAUCAGGAAAGGAGCAAACAGGUCUGAGCUUAGUGCUUGCGUGCUGCAAGCAGGCACGGUGCUAGAUUUCCAUGCAUAGCCUUCGUCCCUGUGUCCCCUCAUGGCAGCAGCACCCAAGUGCAUGGGAGGGAAGCCACAAACUCAGUGCAAUGCAGUUAACACAGUAUAGAAGUGAGGAUGUGGGAUUGGAACCUGGGAGGCUAGGCUCUGCAGCUAGCCCUCUCUGAGGCAGUGUCCUGCCUUUUGAGCCUGACAGCACCACCAAGGGACAUUUGAACUGGUCUUGAAUAAUCAGAAAGUGUUUCCCAAAGUGUCACAGUCUGGGCCAACCAUGGUUGUCGGAUCAUCAGAAUGGGGCAGCCUCAGCUUUGCCUAGACUUGAGGUGUGGUCCUUCCCCCACCCGGGUAAGACUGACCUUGUGUCUCCACGCUUGUCUCCAAGGAGGGUUCCUGAGGUAGGGUUUCUGGGUGUGUGUAGAAAGGGUCCCCAAUAAGGUAUUCAUGCCCUAAAAAGCGGCACAUUAGGAGUGCUCCAAUGGACAGCCCUGAGGUCAGAGUGUGGGGCUCGCCUGUGUGGCAGGUUGACCUAAGCUGGGAUACAGUCUUUCUUUGAGCCUCCAAGCUCCCCAGAGCAGGGAAUGUGGACCUUCCUUGGGAUCCCAUUGGCUUCUCCCUGGAGAAGGUGUGCCCCAGAGCCUCCUUAAUUUGACAGGAAGCACCUUUUGUGUAGCUGGCCCUUGGAGAAGAAGUACUGCAUUUGCUGGGAUGUUCUGUGGUUCAUGAACCAAUUAGAGAGAUUAAUGAGUCCCCUACCAUACCUAAAGCAAACACUGUCCUUCCUUGCUUGAGUUUCUAGAGUCCCAGGGAGCAGGAAAGAGAGCAGAUCAGUGCCACACAGAGAGGCCAGCAUCUUGUCCUGGUUUGGAUGUCUGCCAGUCACCUUAGCAUUCUCAGGAUCUGUCUGGGAGCCAGACCCAUUCGGCUGCAUGUGUGCUCUUGGCACUCUGGUCCUCUCUUGCAGGAGCGUAGCCUCCCUUUGGGAUCAGUGGUUAGUUAGCGAAGUGGCUCAUCUCUCCUGCUGCCUGUCCCACUGACCGUUCAUAUACUUCCCAAGUCAGGGCCAGAGGAGCCUGGGAGGAGUCUGGGAGGAGCAGCCGGAGACCGAAUGGCACAUGUGUACCUGUACCAAGUCUCCCUACCUCCUUCUCCACUCAGUGCAAGGUAUGGAGGAGAGGGUUCCGAGCUGGCACUGAGAGCCCAGAAGUGCAGACAGAGGUGGGCUCCCUCUAAGAAGCCCAGGGCAGUGAAAUUAUGAGCCCUGGGUACUCCCUGUACCUCCUGAUAUCAGAGUAUGAGCAAGAAGUGUCAUGGCGGAGAGAGUGAACCACACAAACCACAGGACUAAGGGCGAUGGCACAGUAUCAUCAGGUGACAAAACCCUGUCACCUGUCAGGACAGAUGGGGCAACAUAUGCUGUAAGUCUGAAUCCUUUGUCCUGGCUCACUGUGUAUGUCACCUAUGGGUUUUGAUAGGGAGUAACCAGAGGGCUGGGAGAUUGCUCAGUUGGUAAAGUGUGAGGACCCAAGUUCAGAUUCCCUAGAAUCCACAUUAGAAUAAAUGGUCUGGGCAUAGUGGUGCGUGCCUGUAAUCCCAGCACUGGAGCGUGGAGCCAGGCAGAUUCAUGAGGCUCACUGGCCAGCUAUUCUAACCAAAAAGUUCAGGUUCACUGACAGACCCUGUUUUUUGAGUUUUGUUUUUGCUUGUUAGUGACUGAGGAGGAACCUGAUGUUAACCUCUGGCCUCGACAGGCAACUGUAUGAGCAUGUGUGCACAUGUUAGACGAGGUAGAGGAGGGCAGCAGAGAGGAGAAUCAGAGGGCACAGACCUUGGGUAGACGGUAUAGGUGCACCUUGCCCAGGACAACCUGGCAUAGUGGUGCCCUUGUGUCUGCCUAGUCACAGCAUUGAGAAGGCAUAGCCUCAGCCUCUGGUUCUUCUUCCAGCCAACCCUGCCUCCAAAGGGUUCAGACCUGCUUUUCUGUGGGUUAGACCCUGUGUGUGCUCAGUGUGCAGGGAGCGUGUGUGCUUUGGCCACAGGGCACUACAGAGCCCUGUUUCUACAUGAAGCCCUCUGUCUGCUGGAGUAGCCCAAGUUGCUGUGUCUGUCUCCUGGAUUCUGUCUUCAUUUUCUAGACUCGCAUGCUGUAUACGGCCAUGUGUGACUGAGCAUAACUGUGGAUCCCACCCAACACAAAAUCAUACACUUAAAAUGAUAUGAGGUUUUUGUCUUUUGUAACCCAGUUAUCCAGUUUGGGGUAAAAACUUUCCAGUUGACCUCACUGUGUUGAAAUGUCCAAGAGCUGAACCUGAGAAUCACUGCUUUGUAGUUCACGGUGUUCUGUUCCACCAAUGGUUCUGGGUAGAGGCUUACAGAGAGAGCAUGGAAGCCCAACCUCUAGUGGGCCUGGGGACAUUGCCAGGUGGGGCUGCUCAACGGAAGAAUGGAGUCUUGUCCCCAAAGCGCCCAACCACAGAAUUCCCAUGGUUCUACAUUUCAGGCACCCUGUUUCCCCGAGGGACAUUUGGCAAUGCCUAGAGAGCAUUCUUGUCACAAUUUAUGGAGGAGUGGGGACCUACUGGCAUCCGGUGAGUGCAGGCCAGAGGUGCCGUUUAUCCACACACAAGACAGACCAAUGGCCAAGUGCUACCAGCCUCCAAAUGCCAACCGUGCCAAAGAUGGGAGAGCCUAUUUAGACGUCCAAAGCAAUGGAAAGUUCUCUAAAGCUCCAGUGGCCGUGGAUAAUCCACGAGUCCCCUCGUGGAUCAGAGCAGAUCAAAGCAGAAAUCACCAUGACUGCCCCAAGUUGAGAAAACUCCAGGGGCGAGACUGGACCAUGGAAGCCUGCGUGACUGUUUUCCUUUGGGAAGACCCCUACCUGUGUGGAGACAACCCCACAAUAUGGCCAGAAUGCUGAGGCUGAUCUUGUCCCCUGCCAGUGACUGUGUCCAGGACCUCCAGUGUCUGGCCCUCACAAGUGCGCCUGAGAAGCACAGUUGGUGGGGAGAUUCUGCUGGGGACAGGGAGGCUGGGGAACAGAAACAGCCGCCAGAAGAUUCAGGUGUCCUUUCUGACCCUCCCCUUGUCCUCCAUCUCUGCUCCCCAAAGCUGCAGGCAUACUAACUCUUUCUACUGUCUAAAUUCUCCUGGAAUUCUUAUUCAUCACCCGCUGCCCACAGGUUCCUGUUCUUUGUGUGGAGAGCAUUGGCCGAGCUUCUGUGUUUUGUAAUAUUUUCCUGGACAGCUUAUAAGCACGUGUAUGCGACAUGAAGUUAUUUUAACUGUUGUUCCGGGUUCUCCCCGCCCAAGUGCUCGGUUCCUCCAUCUGUUGCUGGCUUCUACUGCAGUGGGAAGGCUCCUUGCUCUUAUAGGACUUCAGCGUGCUCUUUAGUGAAGGUGUGGUUAGGUAACACUCCCUGUUAGCUUUCCUGCUAUGGUUGUCAUUUUCUAUUAUAAUAAACGGAACAGAGGUUUAACUCUGUC